AUGUCAUUAGUGACACACACUGUUUCCAAAGAUAUUUUGUCUGCUCCUGCAGAACAACAACAAAUUGAAAAUGAAGAAAAGAGCAACGGCAGUAUUGACAACACUGAAUUGGGUUUAGACACUAGCCAACAAUCAUACAAUAUAAAAAAAAGACAACAACAAUCAAAUAAACGACGUCAAUUUGUAAGAAUACUGCUCGAGCUUUUCAAGAAGUACUACUUUCUAGUAGGACUAGGUAUUAGCAUUGGAAUCGCUUGGGCAGCUCCACAAUUAGGUAUGGCACAUGGCCUUAUUCAAGCUCAAUAUACAAUCAAAUGGGGCGCUGUUAUCAUUAUCUUCUUGCUGUCAGGUCUAGGAUUAGAUGUUGGUGUUAUGUGGAAAACCAUUUUACGAUGGCGUUUACAUUUGACUGUCCAACUUAUCAAUUUUAUCUUAUUGCCUUUUGUGAUGUAUGGUAUUGUAAGAUUUUUCAUCAGCGUUCACGCUAAUUUGGAUAUGUCGGUUUAUAAAGGGUGGAUGAUAGCUUUGUCGACCAGUACAACUGUAUCUUCAAAUUCAGUCAUGACACGCAGUGCUAAUGGAAAUGAUGCCGCAGGAAACUUGCUAGGCAUUUUUGUAUCUCCAGCUCUGAUGACAGCGUUUCAAAACGACCCAAUUGUCUUUGAACCCGGUACAGAUAGAGGCAAUCCUGAUUAUAUUAAUGUUCUAAAAACCCUGGGAUGUACAGUCUUGGCACCUCUCGUGGUGGGCCAAGUCAUACGGUACUUUUUCCCCACUAAAGUGAAGUAUUUGGCGGCCAGAUGCAAAUUCUCGAUCAUCAACACUUUGGCACUCUUGCUUCUGAUAUUCUCUACUUUCUGCGAUGGAGUGGCGUCAGAUGCUUUCCAUAAAUUGAGUGGUGUGGAUAUCGUCGCUAUUAUUUUUGUGGAUAUUUUUAUGUAUUUGUUUGGAUGUGCAGUGUCCUUGUUUAUUGCGCGUUUACCAUGGCCUUCCAACUAUUCAGAUACCCCAAAAUGGGUAAAAAAGUUGCGUUUUCCAAAAAAAGAUGCAAUUGCUAUUAUGUAUUGUGGCGCAACUAAAACAGUGUCCAUGGGUAUCCCUCUUAUAAACGUACUCUAUUCAGAAAGCAGCUAUGGUGUUGUUGGUGUUCUAUCGCUUCCCUUACUAAUGUAUCAUAUCUGUCAGUUAUUUAUUGGAAACAUACAGGUUUCAUUCUUAAAAAGAUGGGCUGAUAAUAACCCGGAUGAGAAUGAUGUGAGCAACAACACGAACAUACCCAUAGAGAGAGCAAUAGAAACAAUUCCGAUCUCUAUCGUAAGACACAGAGGGAAUCAACAAGUAUUAUCUUAA